AUGCCUCCCCGGGAGUUAAGGCAGGGCGGCGUGGCGUGCGUUGCAUCUUCAGCGACAAUCUCACCUGCUUCGACUCACGAUCGGCCUGGAAUGCCCACGGGACAGCCGUUCCGCAGCCUUUAUAGCGCUCUCAGAAGGCAGAAGGCUGAGAAUCUUACUGGCUCUCACCCAAGGGCCACCCGCCCCUCAAUUACUAACGUGGGCCUCGAGGUCAGGGGCGGAGCAGGCCCUGGAGAGCUUGUUACAGGAGACCAGAGCCCAGCGUGGAAGAAGAGGUUUUGUUGUUUUGUUUUUUUUUUCUCUCUCUCUCUCCCUACCCCCCAUUCCCUUCCUCCAAAACUCUCGACAGGUGGAAUUUUCCUUGGUUCUGUUGCUGCAGCAGGAAUGCUAGCUGGAUUUGCCACAACAUUGUCCUUGGCUAAAAAGAAAAGUCCUGAGUGGUUCAAUAAGGGAAGUAUGGCCACAGCUGCCUUACCAGAGAGCGGGUCUUCCCUGGCCUUGCGAGCCCUGGGGUGGGGCUCACUUUAUGCCUGGUGUGGGGUCGGUGUGAUCAGCUUCGCCAUCUGGAAGGCUUUAGGAGUGCACAGUGGUGAAGAGGAUUCAUAUAUGUGGUUACCAUUCUGUGUAUCAUGGAGCACGUGCCGUACUGUCUGAACGGGGUGCCAGCAA